CAGUAAACCAUCAGAGCCUCAUCAUGAAAGUCCAUCACACUCUGAUCUGCUUCUUCUUCCUCUCUCUGCAGGAUGGAAACCCUGAAGUCACCAAUGCUCAGUUUCUUCACUAUGGAGUCAUUGGAGGAGGUGUUACAGCUAAAUGUGUCCAUUAUGAUAGACAAACAUGGAAGAUGUUCUGCAGAGAAGAAUGUGAAGGAGAAAACAUUCUUAUUAAUACAACUGAUGCCAGAGCUCAAACAGGCAGAUACAGCAUUGAAUAUUACUUUGAUCUUGAGACUGGUUCUCAUGGUUUAUAUGUGAGCAUCUCAAAGCUGACUGAGUCUGACUCUGGACAGUACAGCUGUGGUUUGGGUGGAUCUUCAUCAUCAGCUUCAUUCACACCGUUUGGAAUCUUUGUUGCUGAAGCACUGCUGGAUGGAAACGAUGAUCCUGCUCAGCUGAAAAACUUCUAUAAAGAAACUGGAAGCUCUCUCACAGUCGGAUGCUCCUUUAAACACCCUGGAUACAGAAAAAUGUUCUGCAGGGGAGAAUGUCAAAUAAAUGAGGUUCUGAUUGAAACUGAUCAUGUCAGAGCUCUGAGAAGCAGAUACAACAUUGGAUAUGAGUCAGGAGUUCUGUAUGUGAGCAUCACACAGCUGACCAAGUCUGACUCAGGACGGUACAGAUGUUUCCUGGAGGGAACUUUCAGCAGUUCAUUCAGAGACUUUAAGGUCACUGUAACAGAUGCAGCUGGACCAUCAGCCACAACUACAGGAAGCUCCACACCUUCAUUAACUUUGACUGGAAGCACUGAGCAGCCUGAAGGAGCAGCAUCUACAGGUUUGCUGCUGUAUGUGAUCAUCUCUCUGCUCAUCAUCAUCAUCCUCUCAUCACUGACUGUUCUAAUAAUCUGCAUCAAGAGGAAGAGCAACAGAGGUUUGAGGACCAGAGGAAACUCAGAGGGCACAAACAUGGAGGACGUCCACUAUGAGAACUGUACUCCAGGUUCUACACGUGAAGACUCGACCUACCAGAGCCUCGAUCCAGCCGGCAGAGACCAGGACCAGACCUACUUUACACUCACACGUCACACAUGACACUCUCUGGAUUCACACCUGAGUUUGUUUCAGUGCCUCAGGUUUAAAGUUUGAACACAGACCCUGAAAACUGUAAAUAUUAACUCACUUUUGGAUUCAGCUUCAAGUGGCCGUUAGAGGAACUGCAGCUGUCUGAACGUUACUUUUACAUUUAUCUCAUUUGUUUUUCUUUUUUUCUUCAUGCUUAUCAGCUUAUUAAUGAAUAGUGAUGAGUCUAUAGAGGGUAAAUAGUCAGUCUGGUGCAAAAACAACAACCUGGAGCUCAGUGCUGUCAGAAUAGUAGAGAUGGUUGGAGACUGCAGAAGGAACCAGCCCCACCAGCCUCCAUCAUCCUACAUGAGUGCCCCGUGGAGACUGUGAAGUCUUUCUGCUGCAGUGUGUCAUCCAUUUGGCUGAGAAGGUGUCUGCAGUCUUCCUUCUCUCCAACACCUGGACACCUGCAGGACCCUGAAACUGACACGAAAAAUGUCCUCUGACCCCUCCCACCCUGGACAGAAACAGUCACUCCCCUCUGUAUCAUGAAACUGCAA